AUGUCUGCAUCUGGCCUCAGCACCGGACUGACAGGAUGGGUGUGGACUGUGCAGUCACUCGUUACAGGACGGCUCUCCUCGUACCUCACAGCAGCAGAAGUGAGAGGAGCACCUCUGUACAGUGAGGGAGGCGGCAACUACCCAAAACCUCCUCCUUUCUCGGCUGACUCCUGCCUGCCACAGGGGGAUGAUUUUGAGUCUCCGGAAAUGAUGAAAAUAAGGAUUGAAAACGAGAGAGAAGAGUGAGGGAAGGAGAGAAAGUUUCUUCAGUGAGUGCUUCCUACAGACUUGUCUUUGGUUACAUUUGUGUUUCCUGCGGAGAGACCUGGCAGAUGUCCCAAGCGAAAGAACCUUUUUCUCCAGGGCCUACAGGGCCUGAACAAGAUACUUCAGCUAAAGAGAGCCUGCUGAUCUCCCUUCCCUUGGAAAAAUGUGAAAAGAACAAUAUGGAUGUGGAAAACACAAAUGAAAGUCGGUACUUCAAGAAUAAGGGUGUACAAACAGAUUUAGAAGAUUGCUCUAUGUUGGUGAAUAAGUCAGAUUCCAUUAUAAAAACCCAACCUCAGAGUCUGCCUCUGCCAAAUAUUUCAGCACUGGAACAGAGCGAGGAAGAAACUAGCAAGAUACAAAAUGGUCAUGUAGGUCUGAGUAAUAUCAAUGGAAUCCACAAUGGGGUCAAACAUAUUGCUGCAGAUCAUAGAAAGUUAUCAGCUCCUGUUUCUCAAAAAAUGCACAGGAAGAUCCAGUCCAGUUUGUCUGUGAGCAGUGAUGGCAGCAAAAAAAGCAAAAUGAGUUCAACAUAUUCUCAAAAACCUGGCGCUUCACCAGAAGAUUGCUGUGUUCACUGUAUCCUAGCUUGCUUAUUUUGUGAGUUUGUCACACUCUGCAACAUGGUAUUGGGACAAGCUUCUUGUGGCAUCUGUACUUCUGAAGUCUGUUGUUGCUGUUGUGGAGAAGAGAUGGGAGAUGACUGCAACUGCCCUUGUGAUAUGGAUUGUGGAAUAAUGGAUGCCUGUUGUGAAUCUUCAGAUUGCUUGGAGAUUUGCAUGGAAUGCUGUGGAAUUUGUUUUCCCUCAUAAAGCAAACUAUGACUUUGAUCUUCAAAAACUGGAGUUUUUAUUUCAAUUUAAAAUGACUUUUAGAUUUCUAGAACUCUUCCUUUUUGCACUGCUAUUUUUUAUUUUAUAUGAAUUACUGGAAAUUAAAUUUGUAAAAAAAAAAAUGGAAAUAGAAACAGGUAAGAAAGAAUUUGUAUGCUGCCCACUUCAAUUAAAGAGGUAUUCCAGCUGUUGCAAGUGAUUGUUAGGAUCUGCCAUCAUUUGGGUUCCCAGAUAAGUGGCCACAUUCAGCUGUGUAUAACUCUAUAGCACCUAUAUAGACCCUGGACGGCAGUGGCGAGGAGCAGAACAAAAUAAAAAAUGGCAUCACGCCUAAUUUUAUUCUCACAUUUGUUAGAGACUUUUAUGAAUUAGACAUUUACCUAUCAGCUGGGGAUAGGUACUGAAUGAGAACACAAUAUAUACCCGUCAUUCCCAGUGUAAAUAAGCAUUGAGGGUAAUGGCUGUAUUACACUAGCCAAUAUUUUGGCAGAUAAUCGCUAAAGAGGGUUCGCUCCUCCCAUGCUGCGGAGGCAAUGUAUUAGCAGUGGUCUCCUCUGCUAGCUAGCAGGCAAUCGCUGGGAGGGAAUGCUUCCAUCCCGACAAUCGCUUGCUGAUCUGCCUGUCUAAUACAGGCUUAUGCCUCAUUCACACAUCAAUGUUUUGGUCAUUGUUUUCUAUCAUAAUUGUGAGCCAAAACCAGGUGCAGCUCUAAACACAGAAGAGGUGCAGAUCUUUAUACCUUAUGUCUGUGUACUGUAGCUCCAGUCCUGGUUUUGGCUGACCAAAACACUGACGUGUGAAUGAGGCUUUAAGUGUGAAAAGGUACCUAAGGGGACAAUUAAAUGAAUGACUUUCCCAUCCAUCAGAUAUAGUACUGAACUUCAGGGGCUAAGUAUGAAGGGGUGCAUUCUAAAAUCAAGUAAUAGUAUGUUUUAGUGUUAUGACAUCACUUGCUAUAUCUAGAAAACCCCUUUAAUGAAAGUAAGUCAAGUGUAGAUCGCCUUGUUCAGACAAGUAUUAUUAUACCCACAAAAGUGUUAGCUCAUUGAACUUUAAUUUUAGUUUUUCUUGAAUGGUGGCAAUAAUAAUGUUGCAUAUAAUAUGUAAAUCUAUGGGGACUUGUUACUUUUAUGUUUCAAGUAAUAAAUUAUGUAAAAUGAUUAAAUAACCCUUUUAUAUGCAAUGCAUGCUCAUCUUUUCAACUCCUUCCCUAAAAAUAAAAAUCCAAGACUUUACAAAAUUGUGUGACUUUUCAGAGUUUGAUCUGAAAGGGCACUUUAAUAUUUUUGAGAAGGGGAGAUUAGGGUUAGGAUUGUGAGUAAAUAGUUAUAGUAUAAAGGACAAGAUAUGCAAAAGCAAUUAAAUAUAUUCUAUUUUUCCCAAAAUAUGUAAUUUUUUAUUACAAAAACAUUUAUUACAGUUGGUUUAAAAGUGGCAAGUCCUCUCUAAACUAAAGACAGCCAAGUGUUACUAGUGCAUGGACCAUAUUUUACUGCUUUCUGAAAUUAAAUAAUUGUACAUUUAAUUUAUUUUGUUUUAUACUGUAUUUUGCCUGCAGUCCUUAAAGGGGUUUUCUGGUAGUCAAAUAUUGAUGACCUAUCCUCAGGAUACAUCAUAAUGUCUGAUUAUUGGGAGUCUGACUCCUGGGAGCCCCACUGAUCAGCUGUUCGAAAGAGGUACGGCACCAUCAUGAGUGCUGCAACCUCUUCAUAGGAUACCAAGCAAAGCACCAUGCAUUGUAUGAUGGCUCCUAUUGGUAUUGCAGGUCAAUCCUAUUCACUAAUGGAAUGGAACUGCACUGCAGAAAGGCCAUACGACAUGAUGUCACUGGCAAAAAGGCACCUUGGCCCCUUUCAACAACUGAAGUAUACUAAUGAUAGGUCAUCAGUGUUUAACUUCCGGAUAACCCCUUUCAGAAAAUAGGUUUCCACAAUCUUUUCAUAGUGUGAGAGGUAUGCUGUGCAUAUCAACUGUGUCUUGGACUUGAUAUGGGCAGUGAUAUUACCAGACAUUUUCCCAAUAAAGUUGGCAAUACACUAGACAUUUUUGAUGGCUGAAAUAGCAGAUUUAAACUGUGUUCUGCUAGCCAUCUGCACCUCUUUGUGGUGCAAACGAGUAUGACAGAUGCAGACCAAUAUAAGAUAUCUGUUAAAAAGUUGAUCUGCAUUAUUGGAUGUUUUGUUGGGUGCUGUAUCUGCAAGGCCAAAUAGCAGAUCUGCAUCCCAUCAUUGAAAUUCCAGACUACACUAUAGAUCAGAGCAGAGAUUGAUUGUCAGUUUUGUCAUUUUAACAUAUGGGCAAGCUUCAGAGAACAGUCAUGAACGACAAAUCAUUCAUAGAAAGGCCAUCUGCAAUCCCUAAUGUAUGGCAAUACUGGACCCUUGCUCUGUUCUGUGUCUGCUCUACAUUCUGCAUCUUACAAACGUGUGCAGCCAGUGCCCAUAUUGCAGUGGGUCCACAAUAUAGGGCACCGGCCAUGCGCACUUCACUUGAAUGGGUGCACAAGAUAUGGAGCAGAAGCCCACAGAAGAACUACGGAGCAGGGACCGAAUGUUGCAGAUUAUGUUUCCACAUCCGCAAACAGUGGGCACAAUGCAGGUGCCGGGCAUUGCAGACCAUUCUUAGUGGUCCGCAGCACGGGUGUACACCGCAUAAGUUAAUGUGCAUGACCCUUAGGCAGUACAAUUGACCCGUCAUUGUACUGCCUCAGGCGCUGUACUCACAUGCACAUGAUCAUG